CACGACUAUACAACCCAGAAACGACGAAGAACCAUCAACCUGCUCUCUUUGGACAUCUGAUUGUGAGAUUAUUGAUUAAAAGGUGGUGAACAAGAAACUGAAGAGAAGAAGGGGCUCUCACAGUCACUGGACAUUUUACUGAAUGAAUAAACUCUGUGAAGGCUUGACUUUCAUCUACUGAGUGCUCAGCAGUAUCGUAGGGAUUGGACUGAGAUUAUUCUAAGGAACAUUUCUCUUACAUUGAGAGCACAUUCAAGUGUCUUUCAGCAGCCAUGGCUUCAACAGGUCUUCAGCUGCUGGGCUUGGUGUUGGCGGUGCUGGGUUGGGUUUGCGGGGCGUUGGUGUGUGCGGCUCCUCUUUGGCGUGUGUCCGCCUUCGUGGGGGGAGAGCUGGUGAUUGCCCAGGUGGUGUGGGAGGGACUGUGGAUGAACUGCCUGUCUCAGACCACAGGCCAGAUCCAGUGCAAGACCUAUGACUCCACCUUGGCCCUUCCUGUGACUGCCCAAGCCGCCCGGGGCCUCACUGUUCUCUCCCUGCUCCUCUGCCUCCUGGCCCUCAUGCUCGGGGUGGCGGGGGCCAAGUGCACUCACUGCAUGGGUGAUGGUAACCAGGCCUCCAAGGUUCGGGUGGGCAGGAUAGCAGGGGUGCUCUUCCUGGUGGCUGGCUUGGCGUUCAUGAUACCCAUCUGUUGGACCGCCCAUGCAACUAUCCGGGACUUCUAUGAUCCCAAUAUCGCAGCGCCUUAUAAGAGAGAGCUAGGCCCAGCGCUGUACCUGGGCUGGGGGGCCGGCCUGCUGCUCAUGGUGGGGGGCUUUCUGCUGCAUUUGGGGUCCUCUCAGCAAAGCAGAGGAAGACUGCCUACUUUUGCUGGAGUGCUGAAAGACAACCCAGGUACAGGUGCAGCCGGAGAGGGGAAGCCACAGGAAAAAUCUUUUGUAUGAGAUGAUUUUAUUGGACAAGAGAGAUACAAACAAACACAGAGGUCGCAACCUUGUCACACAAGCUUCAGAAAAUCACAAGGUCACCAUCUAUUGGAGGGUAUUCAACCUAUAGCCUUUUAUAUCUUAUAAAGCGGUUAAAGGAUUGCAUUUUAUUUUGAAUUUCAUUAGUCAUUGGUAAAUGAUAGUUUGACAUGUAUUCAUUUAUUUACAUGAUACAAAACAAAGGGUUUGUAGUAGAAUUUACAUUAUUUAACAGCUUUCUCUCAGAGUAGGAGUUGACAUGCAUUGUGGGGGUAUUUAAAUGUUUUGAGCCUUACUAAUGGGUGUGACUCACAUUU